AUGCCAAAGAAUGACGAGCCAGAUAUUGUCUUCUCUGAAAGAGACAGUCACGGCAACAAACAACCCCAUGACAAUCUGCUGAUGAAGUUGGAUAAGAAAAGGAUCGGGCCUUUCACCUCGCCUCUAGUAAGCUUCACAAGGGAUAGAAUCGUCCCUAGAGGCAUCAUCACUCUAAUUGUGAUCGCAGGAACUUACCCAACUCAAGUCACCAAGGAAAUUGAUUUCCUCAUAGUUGAUUACCCUUUAACAUACAACAUCAUCCUGGGAAGACUUGCACUUAACAAUCUAAAAGCAGUAACGUCAACAUAUCACUUGAAGGUGAAGUUUCCAACAGCCUAUAGAGUAGGAGAAAUCAAAGGAGACCAAGUUCUGGCAAGAGUGUUCUAUCAAGCUGCCCUAGCAUUGGGAGAAAACCACACAUGGGUGAUUAAUGAACCAAAACCCAUUCCCAAACCAUCAAAAACACCACAAGAAGUUGAGAUCGUCCUAAGAGAUUCGACGAAGGUAUUGAAGAUCGGAACAACACUCUUAGCCUUAGAGAAAGAGAAAAUGAUAUCCUUCCUAAGGGCAAACCAAGAUGUUUUUGCUUGGAAACAUAAUGAUAUACCCAGGAUUGAUAGGAAGAUCAUACAAUAUCAUCUCAAUGUUAACCCAGAGUGUAAACCUUUGCAACAAAAAUGGAGAAUAUUUGCACCAGAAUGCAACAAAGUUGUGACUGAAGAAGUAGAUAAGCUACUAGAGGAUGAUUUCAUCAGGGAGGUAUUCUAUCCAGAUUGGCUAGCAAAUGUGGUUAUGAUUCUUAUGGAUGAAGACAAUCAAGAGAAGACCUCAUUCGUCACUAGCGAAGGAUUAUACUACUACACGAUUAUGCCCUUUGGACUGAAGAACGCAGGAGCCAUCUACCAAAGAUUGGUGAACCGUAUGUUCUCUCACCAGAUUGGAAGGAAUGUGGAGAUAAACGUGGAUGAUAUGCUGGAAAAUUUUUGGGAUUCAUGGUGUCCCAACGGGGGAAUAGAUGCAAAUCCAGACAAAGAAAAAGCAAUAAUCGAGGUCGAAUCACCAAAAACAGUGAAGGAGGUACAGAGCUUGACAGGGAAAGUUGCAGCCUUAAACAGAUUCGUCUCUAGGGCAACAGACAAGUGCAUGCCAUUCUUCAAGUUAUUGAAAAAAACCUUUCAAUGGAAUGACGAAUGCGAGGAAGCCCUUGCCAAGUUAAAGGAGUACUUGAUGAAACCACCUUUAUUAAGCCCCUAA